AAACAGAGCCAGCCACCAUUCUCCAUUAAAGAAAUGCAGAGAAUUAGCUUCUCAUUUUGACACGAAAAGCAGAGGAGGCUUUAUUUAUUGCACAGUCUGUCCCUUGUAUACAUAAAAUCCAAAGCUCCAUUGUUUGGUGGCAAAAGCGAUACGCGGUUGCUGGGAUUACAGGGCAAAACAGCAGUCAGUGGGUGAAGCUGCGAAGCUCUGGAGAUCCGAUCAGUAAUGGCAAGCUUCACCUACACUGUCUUAUUCAGAAUUAUUCUCGUCCUUCUUAGUCUCUCAGAUUCAGCUCUGUUCCAUGUGCAGAGCUUAAGCUUCGGCAUCAACUACGGCCAAAUCGCCAACAACCUCCCAUCACCGCCCAGAGUAGCGGUGCUCCUCCGGUCCCUCAACGUCAGCAGAGUCAAACUCUACGACGCCGAUCCCAACGUCCUCCAAGCCUUCUCAAACUCCGAGGUCGACUUCAUCAUCGGACUCGGAAACGAGUUCCUGCCCAACAUGACAGACCCUUCCAAGGCUCAGGUUUGGAUCCAACAACAUGUCACACCUCACCUCCCUCAGACCAAAAUCUCCUGCAUCCUCGUCGGCAACGAAAUCCUCAGCGGAACUGACACCAAGCUCAUGUCGUAUCUCCUCACCGCAAUGCAAUCAGUCUACACCGCCCUCGUCAACCUCGGCCUCUCCCAAACCGUCACUGUCACCACCGCGCAUUCCCUCACCAUCAUGGGAAACUCGUACCCGCCGUCGGCGGGGACUUUCCGUGAAGAUCUCGCACAAUAUAUCCAGCCGCUUCUCAACUUCCAUUCCCAAACCAAAGCCCCAUUUCUCAUAAACGCGUAUCCUUAUUUUGCUUACAAGGGCAGUCCCAAUGAAGUUCCAAUAGAGUACGUACUUUUUCAGCCAAACUCCGGCAUGAAUGACUCCGGGAGUAAUCUUCACUACGAUAACAUGCUCGAUGCACAGAUUGACGCAGUGUACGCGGCAAUGAAAGUGAUGGGGCACACGGACAUAGAGGUUCGGAUAUCGGAGACAGGGUGGCCAUCGAAGGGGGACGAGAACGAGGCCGGUGCCACGCCGGAGAAUGCCGGGAUUUACAAUGGGAAUUUACUCAAGAAAAUUGAGGAGAAGAAAGGUACUCCGGCCAAGCCUGACGUUCCCAUUGAUACGUAUAUUUUUGCUCUGUUUAAUGAGAACUUGAAGCCCGAUCCGGCGUCGGAGAGGAAUUACGGGUUGUUUUAUCCCAAUGGAACUCCGGUGUAUGAUAUUGGAGUAAAUGGUUAUCUUCCCGAGUUAAUCUUUUCUUCAUCAGCUCAUGAUAUCAACGCAUUGUCGAUCUUCAAUUUUCUGAUAUUUCUUACGGUGUACUUGUUAUGGAAAUAGAAGGCAAGCUCAUACAUUUGUGAAGUUUUGGGGAAGGAGGGAGACUGGAACAUACGAAUUCCAGAAGAUUUGUUUUGGAAGGCAGAAGGAAUUCUGAUGAAUAGGUUAUGGGUUAGCUCUAAUUUUUAUACUGUAUAUGCACCUUCUUUCACAUUGAUUUUCAUUAAUUUAUAUAGCAAAAAAGGUAUGAUUGAUCUCACUAAAGCAUAUACACAUUGCUGAACAAUAGAAGAGAAUUGAUGAGAAUUAUGUUGCAUUUUGUUU